AUGGUUAUCAAGGCCGUGGGCUGCCUCCUGAUACUGAUACUCGACGUGGUCGCCGGCGUUCUCGGCAUCGAGGCUCAGAUAUCUCAGAACAAGGUCACUCAGCUCUCUUUCUCUCUCUCUCUCGCUCUCUCUCCUCUUCUGAUAUCAAACAAGAUUGGCAAAAAUCCCAUGAUUUCUCCACAAAAUUCGUUCGAGUAUGAAAAACACAGAGUGCAACUUGUCAUUUCAUUCGCGCGAUCACCUCCGACAGAUGGAAGAUAAAAAAAAAUCUAAAAAAAGAUUCUGAGAUUCUGGGCAAAUCUCCUCGCUUCCGUAAUUAAAAGAAAUGGACAAAAUCCGACGGUUUUCUUCGCAUAAUUCGUCAAACUCUUUGAUCGUGAUCUUCUUUUUGCCGAUAUUUCUUGGGUUGUUAGUGUUUCUCUCUUCUGCUCUUCAGGGGAAGCAUGUGAAGGUGCUGUUCUUCGAGUGCAAGGAGCCCAGCCAUGAGGCCUACAGGCUGGGGCUCGCGGCGGCGGCGCUUCUAGGGGUCGCCCACGUCGUCGCCAAUCUGCUGGGGGGCUGCAACUGCAUCUGCUCCAAAGAGGAGAUGGGGAGGUCCUCUGCCGGCAGGAAGUUGGCGUCGGGGGCUCUCAUCGUCUCAUGGUAAUCUUCGCCGCAGGUUCUUCCUCCCAGAUGUCUGUUUGGCAAAGAGAGGAUGCGUGAUCUCUCUCUCUCUCUCUCUCUCCUCCCAUCCCGUUCCUUCUUCUGUAUGGAAUAUCUCUAAAAUCCUUGCCAAAGUGAGUCUCUUUUUCCUUUACUCCUUCCUCUCUCUCAUCGUCUGUCCUGAAUUCAUCUAAAACCCCACGCCAUAGGAAGCCCUUAUUCUUUCUUUUUUCUCUCGUUUCUCUCUCUACCCUCCCUCUCCUCCGUAACGAUUUCUGUAAGAACCCAUGCGAGACUCAGCCUUUUCUCGGUGUAAAGUGAACCAGAAUUUCGCUCACCCCAUCAAAACUUCCUCACCCAAUUAUCUUCUUCAUCAUCAUGGGCAAUAUACAUGAAAAAAAAUCAUUCUUGGCAGCGAAAUUGGCUUUUUUCUCGCACAAUAAAAUCUCCACGACUCGGCCAUCCAUAUGCCAUCUGGUUUAUUUCAUGUAAGACUCGAUGAAACCCAUUAUCCAUAUCCGUUGCCGCCUGAAUAACCCUCACUAACUUGGAGCAGGAUCGUCUUCCUGGUGGGCUUCUCCCUGCUGCUCACUGGGGCCAUGUCCAACUCCAAGUCCCGGGCCACCUGCGGGCUGGCCCACCACAAUUUCCUCUCUGUAGGCGGCAUCCUCUGCUUCGUCCAUGCGCUCUUCUGCAUGGUCUACUGUGGCUUGGCGGCAGCAGCCCACUGGGAAGACAAGAGGAUGAGGCGGAAGGAGGCCGCGGCUCACACGAACAGGGAGGAAGCGCCACGUGUGGGAGACGGGCACCCGGUGGCGAUCCAAAGCUGA